UUAAGAAAAGAAAAUAGAGAAUGCGGUUAAUUUGGAACAGAGCAUCGAAUAUAAAAACGACGUCGUCAGCUAUUUGAAAUUCAAACCCUCUCAUCGCGCGAGUCUGAGCUCAGAUCCAAGCAGAAACUGAGAAAAGCAUGAACGCCUACACCUUCGAUGAUAAGGACCUAGACGACGCCGAUUUAUGGGCAGUCAUAGACUCCGCUGCCGCCGCCGCGCUUUCCGCCUCCGCAAUCUCCCCGGGAGCUCGCGCCAAACCUCUCACCCCCAUUCCCUUCCCCCUCAACAACUCUCCGCAACCGCAAUCCGACAGCCGCAGUCGAAAUCCCCGCCAUUGUUACAACCACAAUCUCGACGGCGAGGUGGUGCAGAAUCACCGCCCGCACAAAAUUCCGAGAACAACUAGCACGCCGCGGUCCAGUACUCAGCAGCUGAUGGUGGUGCAGCACGUGCAACGCACGCCGAUCACUUCUCCGUCGUACAAUGCUGACUCAACGGAGAUGAGAAACCUAGCGGUGACGGAUUUUAGUAGUCCGAAUGCUUCGUCUCUGAGCUUUGACAAGGGGGAGCCGAGGCAUAGUUUGGCCGGUCAGUUUCCGACUGUUUCGCUGUUCAAGGAGUAUCAAAAUGCAGCCAUGGCAAUAUUGGAGAAAAGUGACUAUACCAUGAUAUCUGGAAAUACUUAUAUUAAGAAGUCAGGCUGGAGGAAGAUAUCUUUCUACUUCAAUCUCUCUUAUGAAAUUAAAGACAAGACCAUUGAGUUUGAUGACAACCGCAAUGUUCAGCGUGCUGAGUUUAUUGUUCGUGCUUACAUGCAAGGUGGCAGAUUUUCAGACGGAUGGGGUUCCUGUGAACGACGGGAGAAGAAGUUCUCGAAACCAAAUCAUGAUAUUCCUAGCACAGCAGAAACAAGAGCCAAAAAUAGGGCAUGCCAGGACUUGCUCGGAAUUGGUGAGUACCGGCCGGGUGCCAGGCAUGGUCAGGGUUGAAAUAUGCUUCAGAACCUCAGAAUGCAUACAAUUGAACUUACAAAAGGUAAAGACGAAACAUACUUUCCCUUUUAUAUGCAACUACAUAUCGUUGUCUCUACUGAAGAUCAAGAGCUAAAUCAUAUAUGUAGGAUUACUUUGUCUAGCUUCAGCAACUUAACCAACGAAAUUAAUACCUAUAUGUUAUAAUUCAUAAUCUGAAAGUGAUUAUGUAACUGUAGUUAAUGUAUCAGAGCAUUUUAGCAUACAAUAACAUGAAAACGGCCAUCGAGUUUUCA